CAACUGCGACGACGUGUGCGUUUUCCGGCCAUCGCCCUUGUACAUAUUGAUACAAAAGGUUUUCUCAGAAGGUAUUCGGGGCGGUUUGGACCCCGCAACUGCGUCAUUAAGAUGGCGCGCAAUUCUAGCCGUUUGCUCAACCCUGAACAUCAAGGUUCAUACAAUCAAUCAUAUCUCUCUCGCUCCCCGGUAGCCGAAGCAGCCAUUGCACGCGAUUUGGCAGAUUAUACAGACGAUCGGGACUCGACAGCGACCGACGACGAAUCCGAGGCGUCGACUGUGCGUCCAGCAAACAGCUUACCGGGAACAGCUCCUCACUCGCUGGCAGGGUCAUAUCGGCGCCCCAGCUUCUUCACGGCGGGACCACGAGGGGUUGUUAUUCCUCAUCAAGUGGAGCAAGAUAGGUUAACCAAGAGGGAGAGAGAGCAGGCCCUCGAACAGGAGCGGGAUCUCUUGAGUGACAGCAAUGUGAUUUCGUCCGAGCGCCAGAAGGAUCGUGAACACCGUCAGGGCAAGUUGGUGGAGUCGUUGUCCCGCACGGCGUCUUACUCAACAGACAACUCCUCUCGGAUCGCAUCACAUGUUGCAGAAGAAACUGCAACUGGUGGUGGUGGUGGUGGUGCGGGCCCUACAUACGACGGAUCGAUACCUACAGAGACCACAUCACUACUAGAUGUCGCAAGCAGACUCACUGGAGAUGGAGGGGAUCCGGAGGACAUCGACCGCAAGUGGGAGGAAGCUGUCGCGGCAGGCCUGAUCCGGACGACAUGGAAACGAGAAGCACGGGUCAUAGGCCAAUAUUCCGCUCCCUUGAUGCUUACCUUCUUGCUGCAGUACUCCCUGACUGUCGCAAGUAUCUUCACUCUGGGUCACCUGGGAAAGGUAGAACUAGGGGCAGUCAGUUUGGCUAGUAUGACAGCUAGCAUCACAGGUUAUGGUGUUUACCAAGGCCUGGCGACUAGUCUCGACACUCUUUGCGCGCAAGCGUACGGCUCAGGUUGGAAGAAGCUGGUUGGUCUGCAGAUGCAAAGAAUGAUCUACUUUCUUUGGCUUGUUACGAUACCGAUCGCCUUAAUCUGGUUUUUCGCUGAUCGAAUCCUUAUGAAGAUUGUGCCUGAAAAGGACGUGGCAGUUUUAGCAGGACGGUAUCUGAAGGUAGUCGUCCUGGGCGCACCUGGAUAUGCAUGCUUCGAAAGCGGGAAACGGUAUGUCCAAGCGCAGGGUCUCUUUUCGGCUUCGCUUUACGUCCUUCUGAUUUGCGCACCACUGAAUGCCUUCAUGAACUGGCUCUUCGUCUGGAAAUUGAAAUGGGGCUUUAUCGGGGCACCUAUUGCUGUUGCUAUAACGGACAAUCUCCUGCCUUUUUGUCUCUUUCUCUACGUCUACUUUAUCGCUGGUCACGAGUGUUGGAAUGGCUUUACUCGCCGCGCUCUGCACAAUUGGGGCCCCAUGAUUCGGCUUGCUCUACCUGGGCUCCUCAUGGUUGAAGCCGAAGUCCUUGCAUUCGAGAUUCUUACUUUGGCCUCAUCGUAUCUCGGCACUACACCUCUUGCCGCACAGUCUGUGCUCUCCACCAUCUCAAGUAUUACGUUCCAGAUUCCUUUCCCGCUGUCCAUUGCAGGUAGCACGCGUAUUGCGAAUUUGAUUGGUGCCACUCUCGCGGACGCCGCCCGCACUUCCGCCAAAGUUACGAUUACCGGUGCCGUUAUCGUCGGUCUAUUUAACAUGAUCAUUCUCUCUGUGUUGCGGUUCCAUAUCGCCGCGCUGUUCACGUCCGACGAAGAGGUGAUCGAAAUAAUAGCUCAAAUUCUGCCACUCUGCGCAGCAUUCCAGCUCUUCGAUGCCCUAGCCGCCAAUUGCAAUGGUAUCCUCCGUGGACUGGGUAGACAAGAAAUCGGCGGCUACGUACAGUUAUUCUGCUACUAUGCAAUCGCCAUGCCGAUUAGUAUGGGAACCACAUUUGGACUUGGCUGGGGCCUCUGGGGUCUGUGGACAGGAGUGGCUAUUGCACUGGGUCUGGUUUCCUUCGUUGAGGGUAUCUUCCUGAUACGGAUCGAUUGGCAACGCUCCGUGGAUGAGGCGACCCAAAGAAACGCAUUGGGCUAGUUCAUGUGCCUGCGUGAUAUUUGUAUAUAAUUGAUCACAUAUUGUGGCCCAUAUAUACAAAUGGGGGUGGCGGUGUCAUUACUUGUUCGACAUGGUUAACGAUUAACGAUAUUUACGAAUCAAUUAUCGACUUGUGCCUUGUGUUCUUCUGGUGACGAGCGACAACGUUUCAUCCAGAGAGAAGGUCUUG